AUGAUCUGGACUACUGUCUUGCACGUCAUCGCUAUUGCGGCAUCCCUGGUUGGAGCGCAAGAUCCUCUCACGACCCAGCAGUUCAUCUCUGGAAUCCAAGGAGCGACGACGUGUGGAGAAUGUCAGAGCGCUCUGCUCACCUUGAAAGGCAUUGCCUUCUUUGGAGAUGAUCGAGUAAUCGCAUCACUUGCAAGAGCGUGCAAGCUCACGAACGCCGAGGACAACGAUGUCUGCGACGGUAUCAUGGCUCAAGAAGGCCCAAUCCUUGCCCGAGCGAUUCGAGAAAUGGAUGUUCCAUCACAUACGUCGAAACUGUUCUGUACAACCCUCAUGGGACUUUGCGACAUCCCGGAAGUUCGACCAUAUAACGUGACAUUUCCAAAACCGAAGCCUGCGAAUCUUGCUCGACCAGAACCCAGUGGCAAAAGUCCUAUCAAGUUUGUCCAUUUCAGUGACAUCCAUGUGGAUCUGGAGUAUGAAACUGGCAGUAACUACAACUGCACAAAGCCGAUUUGCUGUCGUUCGUACACGGAGGAAGAUGCUCCGGGGAAUAACACAUAUCCAGCUGGCCCAAAUGGAAACCAUCUCUGCGAUGUGCCCAAGUCGUUGGAGGAGAGCAUGUACGAAACCAUCAAAGAUGUAGCAUCCGACGCUGCCUUUGCAAUUUUCACAGGAGACAUUCCCGAACACGCCGUUUGGAUCGUCGAGAAGGCUGGUGUCAAGCAUAGCAUCGAUUCAGCUUACAGCACCAUGGCCAAGAUCCUGCCAAUGCCAGUGUACGGCACUUUGGGCAAUCACGAAGCAGUGCCCUGCAACAGCUUCCCUCAUCAGGAGAUAGAGGAUGCCAUCAGCAGUCAGUGGGUCUACGACAUUGUUUCCAAAAAGUGGCGAACAUGGAUUGGAAACAACAACGCCAGAAUCGCUGACAGAUAUGGCGCCUACUCAUAUCUCGUACCACAGACCAAGUUGCGAGUCAUCUCGAUCAACACCAACCUCUUCUACGCUUUCAACUUCUGGGUGUUCGAAAAAGAGAUGACUUUCGAUCCAGACAAUCAGUUUGCUUGGUUAGUCAGUGAACUGCAAGCUGCAGAAGACGCUGGCGAAAGGGUAUACAUCAUCGGACACAUGCCUCCAGGUCGACAUGAUGCACUUUACGAUGGCUCAAACUACUUGGAUCAGAUCGUGAAUCGAUACGAAGCAACCAUCGCAGCCAUGUUUUGGGGCCACACUCACCAAGAUCAUUUCGAGCUCAGCUAUAGCGACUAUUCGAAGCGGAGCCAUCUGACAGCAAGCAUGAUGUCGUACAUCAGUCCCUCACUCACGCCGACGUCCGGGUCGCCCGCCUUCCGAGUAUUCACUGUCGAUCCCGAUACAUUUGGUGUCCUUGACUUUGAAGUUUACACUGCUCCGCUUGAGGCUGAGGGUUUCCAGACGACGGGUCCGACCUGGAAGCCAUACUACUCUGCCAGAGAGGCUUACGGCUCGCUGGUCAAUCUAUCGUCAUCAUCGGCCGAGCUCACUCCGGCUUUCUGGCACAACGUAACCUCGGUCUUCGAAAGCAACGAUACAGCAUUCCAGCAAUACUACUCCAGGAAGAGUCGUGGAUGGAACAAGGGCAAUUGCACCGAAGAGUGUAAGGUCGACGAGAUUUGCCAAUUGAGAGCCGCUGAAGCACAACACAAUUGCCUCACACCAUCACGGGGCUACGCACUUGAUUCGGGAAAUCGACAAGCACGGCUUCGCGGUGACGAGUCGAUGCACGACGAGUGCCAUAGCAGUCGCGCUGCGAUGGUCUUUCAGAGUCUGGUCGGCCAGCCGAAGCAGGAGAUCUUCAGACAGGAUCUUUAG